AGCUGGCUGCGGGAAGAGAGACAUCAGGGAGCAGGCACGGCUCGGACACUCAUCCACCGCCUGGGCUUUUUUUUUUUCCACGGCGCUCAUCACCGCUUUUCCUCCGACACAAAAAAAUCCACUUUUUUUUUUUUUUUUUUUACUGCGACUUCCACACAGCGGCAGGCGCAUGCUCAGACCGACCGUCGGUUGAUUUAUCCAGGAACUCGGAGACACUGAAAGGUUUUAAAGAUGACAACUUCAUGGAGUGACAGACUGCAGAACUAUGCAGACCUGCCUGCCAACAUGGAUGGUUUGGCAAUGAAAAAAUACAGGAGGGAGCCCUACCACAGAGUCUUUGUCAACAGAAGCUUGGCAAUGGAGAAGAUUAAGUGCUUUGGCUUUGAUAUGGAUUACACUUUAGCAGUGUACAAAUCACCUGAGUACGAGUCGUUAGGCUUUGAGCUGACGGUGGAGCGGCUGGUUUCCAUCGGUUACCCCCAGGAGCUGCUCAGCUUCGUCUACGACCCGUCAUUUCCCACCAGGGGCCUUGUGUUUGAUACGAUGUAUGGAAACCUGUUGAAAGUUGAUGCUUAUGGUAAUAUCCUGGUCUGUGUCCAUGGAUUCAACUUCCUUCGAGGCCCUGAGAUUCGUGAACGGUACCCGAACAAGUUCAUCCAGAGAGAUGAUACAGAGCGUUUUUAUAUCCUUAACACACUCUUCAACCUGCCAGAGACCUACCUCUUUGCCUGCCUCGUGGAUUUCUUCUCCAACUGUGACAGAUAUACAAGCUGUGAAACUGGCUUCAAAGACGGCGACCUCUUCAUGUCCUAUAAGAGCAUGUUCCAAGACGUCCGGGACGCCGUCGACUGGGUCCACUUCAAGGGUACUCUGAAGGAGAAGACUGUUGAGAACCUGGAGAAGUAUGUAGUGAAAGAUGGAAAGCUGCCUCUUCUCCUCAGCCGCAUGAAUGAAGUCGCCAAGGUUUUCUUGGCUACCAACAGCGACUACAAAUACACUGAUAAAAUCAUGACCUACCUGUUUGACUUCCCCCAUGGCCCCAAGCCUGGAACCUCCCACAGACCCUGGCAGUCCUACUUUGAUCUGAUCCUGGUGGAUGCCAGGAAGCCGCUGUUCUUUGGGGAGGGUACGGUGCUCAGACAAGUCGACACGACAACGGGACGUCUAAAGAUAGGAACCUACACAGGACCUCUGCAGCAUGGGAUAGUCUACUCUGGAGGUUCAUCAGACAUCGUGUGCGACUUGCUGGGGGCCAAGGGGAAGGACAUAGUCUACAUCGGGGACCAUAUCUUUGGAGACAUCCUCAAGUCCAAGAAGCGUCAAGGCUGGAGAACAUUCCUGGUUAUACCUGAGCUGGCCCAGGAGCUCCACGUGUGGACUGACAAGAGCUCGUUAUUUGAGGAACUGCAGGGCCUGGACAUUUUCUUGGCAGAACUCUACAAACAUCUGGACAGCAGCAGUAAUGAGAGGCCUGAUAUCAGCACUAUUCAGAGAAGAGUCAAGAAAGUGACACACGACAUGGACAUGUGCUACGGCAUGAUGGGUAGCCUUUUCCGCAGCGGCUCCAGACAGACUCUGUUUGCCUCCCAAGUGAUGCGUUACGCCGACCUGUAUGCAGCCUCCUUCAUCAACCUGCUGUACUACCCCUUCAGCUAUCUCUUCAGAGCUGCACACGUACUGAUGCCCCACGAGUCGACAGUCGAGCACACGCAUGUGGACAUCGACACAGAGUCACCGCUGGCAACACGCAACCGCACACAAUGCAGCGACUGCAAGGACCUGGAGUGCAAACGCAACCAGCUGACCCGCUCCUUCAGCGAGAUCAAACCUCCCAACUUAUUCCCUCAGACUCCUCAGGAGAUCACUCACUGCCACGAUGAAGAUGAUGAUGAGGAGGAGGAGGAAGAGGAGGAGGAAGAGGAAGAGGAGGAGGAGGAGGAGGAAGAGGAGUAAUAAAAAGGACCUGGAGAGGAGAGCCAUGUUCUUGUUCCUGCCUUCUUAUGUUUCCCAGUACAGUCAGGUUGUGAUUUCUCUCAAAGUAAGGCAGGGUGGAAAAACAUCUCCAGUAUGUGUGUACAUAUAUGUUUAUAUACUGUAUAUAUCAAUACUGUAUGCACACAAACACACACACACUGGAGAUCUCUGAGGAAAGUAUAAAGGACCAGUAGCAGAAGAGAUCCUAUGACUGUAUGCAUGCUCGGUCCUCAAAACAAAACUUUUACAAGUUUCCUUUUAACAAAAAAAAACAAACAAAUGUUAAAAAAAAAAAGUUUUAAAAUUGAUUUAAUUUGCUUUUGAUUUCUCCCACCAGACAGAGAGCACACGCUCAUUCAAACAUCACACUAUUUUUCAUAAUCUUUCAUAAGCGGCCGUAAAACCCGCUGGUGGAUUAAAUGGGUGUGAUCACGUUUACACUUUAAUCCAUUAUAUUUGGCCAUUUUGCUGCAGUUCUGACAAAGUAUGCACAUUAGAAUCAAAAACACUUUGCAGGCAAAAAGAUGCAUCAAACCAGGCAUUUAUUUUUAUGCAACAUGGGAACAGCAUUCAGUUUUUCAUCGGUUUCGUGUCAUAGAGCUAGAGCUUGUCUGUAAAGGCGUGUGUUUCUGUGUGUGUGUAGCUGCCAAAGUAGACUCAGUCAGACUGUAGCAUCCUGAGUGACAGUGAGGAUCUGACACACAGGAGCACUGAAGCACAAGCUGGCGUUAAACCCAUCCAUAACCGGGUGCUUUUUCUUUCUGUUUGAAGUUUGGUUGGGAGCACAUGUUGAUACAUGACUGCGGCUGUUGAGCUGAUAUUUUGUUACCAAGCAACAACGAGGACAGAGUACUGUAUUAUCUGUAUUUUAUCUUUGGUCUCCAUGACAACCCUGACCUACAGUAGUGUUUCUGUAAAUAGCUGUAAGGUGAAUGUUUAUUUUUUUGCCAUGUGAUGAGCUCACGGUUUAUCGCCACGGGCAGGCUAACAUGCAGUAUUUUUUCAGCUUUGUAAUUUUGGAAGAUGUUAUUCGGGAAAUACGUUUGACUAUUACAGAGGAUAAGGGGCUGUGUAGUUCAAGACAGUUUUGUCCAGCAACUCUGCGGAGCGUGAAGUGGUUUUCAUAGUGUGUGUAACGAGAGCAUGAAAGUGGUAUGUAAAGAAAUGAGGCUUUUCAGUAUAAAACUCAGCACAGAAGGUCUGUUUUUUUGCUUUUAGGGGCUUUUUUUUAUUACACUAAAGAGAAAAUGCGCUGAUGGAGUGUGUAGUGAAUUCUUCUGUUGGGCUUUUUUUUUUUUUUUAAACACUGUGAAGCCACAGUUUCAUUGCAGUUUGGGCUCUAGCUGUGUUACUAAUUCAAAACUGGAUGAAGAGCUCCAAGUCUUAAGUGGCAACAGACAAGUUUCUUGCUUUGAGUUCGAUGUUGACGACACAAUGUCUGACUGUGUACUGGUUCCCCCACUGUGUGAUUCUGUCUGUCACCGGAUAUGAAUUCUCCCAGGAAAAUGAAGGCUCGAUGCCAGAUUGUAUCAGCUGGAGGGAUGCUGUGCUGUGAUUGGUGGUUGAGGUUGGGAUAGGUCAGGGGAUUGGUCAUUAGGGUUAGGACAGGUUGGGUCGGGUCCAGGCUGAUCCAGGCUGCCUUCCAGAUCACAUACUUUUUCUUAUUCCUCCCACUACACACUGCAGCGUUCCUCACAAAACACACACUGUUGCAUGCAGUGUGUAUAAUUGGGAAAUACUGCUUCUUUAUAAUAUUGCAUCUUACACUUUUACCGUGCUGCUCCUUUGUCAGCUCUCGGUAACUCAAGCUUGUUUUGUACUUCGUCUGAAUACUCCAAAAAUCGUACAGAUGUGGUCAGACAUCCUGGUAUUUUUGGAGAACUGCGUUUGGUGUAUUAUGUAUUGGGACAUUAUGUGGUGUACUAUAUAGUAUGGUAGAUUAGAUAUUGAAAGGCAACUCCAACCUAGCACUCUACCUGCCAGAACAAGAGCGUCCACGGUCAGGAAAAGCAAAACUAGUGAAGCGGCAGGGUGAUAGAAACCAAUAGGGAGCACUCCGAGACGAACGGUUCAGAACUCGGUAUUCAGAUUCAAAAUCAUUGAAAUGAGAACGAUUAAAAGUUCAAAAUCAGUAAGAAACAAGUCUGCAUACUACACACUCAUCACUGUUUGAAAUUGGAAUUCUUACAGUUGUUUCUUGCUUUAGGCUGUAAUCGGGCUGUUGGUAGUAGCCAUGCUGCUAACGCCAGAAAAACAAUCAACCAUGAGUGCGGUUGAUUGUUUUUUGUCCUGUUUUUAAUGUUUUUGGCAGUUGAAAAGCUUUUCUGUUGCCACUUUUAGCUCUUGACGUUGCAUUUGUGUAGAUCUUUACAAGAAAAGACAAGCUUGUUGAACUUAAAGAUUGGAAACUUUAAUGAAAAUACUUUGUUUUUCUUCCAACUUAAUACCUAAGAUCUUUUAAGUUCUUAACUCGUUUCCACUCACAUGCUCAUGCAAACUGUCAAUUUGUGCAAAAAAUACAAUCUGGAAUUAAAAAAAAAAAAAAAGUCAAAAUAUUUCUAAAAAGCUUUUAUUCACAAGCAUAAGAUUUUAAUUUUUCAGUUGCUAAAACGUGAUUUGUGCAAGAUGUAUGUGGCACCACUUUUCCAGGUGAACCCCUCCCACCUCAAACCAGUAAAAAAGAGUCCACAGAAAAACAAACUCACCUGAACAGUGUGUUCAUGUCAGACUCCAUCGCUCACUGUGAGAAGUUGAUGGAGAAAAUGAGUGUUCAGGGCCUUUAAACGCUGUUAUCAUCAUCAUCAUCAGUGUUCAGAACAAAGACAGCUGCCUGAAUUCUUCUUAAGCAUCGACUGUCUUGUACGUUACCCCUCUUUGUGUGUUCAGUCUCGACAUGCAAGUCUUGUAAGUGUUGGAUUGGCCUGUUGAUUUGGGCCUCAAAAGGGAAGGAACAUGCCGUCUACUUUUUGCAUAAUUUUGAGUUUGGUUUGAUGUGGAGUGGAAAGAGGUAAAUCAGUAUAACAGCAAGUUUCUGUGAUGAUUCAUUGACCGAUAACAUAUCACAGCCGUUUUUCUUUUUUCUACUUUUUACAAAUAGUUGUAUCCUCUAUUCUGACUUUCUCGAACGUAGAAUAACUGGAUAUGCUACACGAGGCAGCUGCAUUGCUACUGGGGAAUUGUUGACUGUCUGCAUAAUUUGCCUAUGCAUGUGAAAAUAAUUAUCCAUUCUACUGCGGUGGUUAUGGUAGCGUCAGUUUUACUUCUAUGUGGACUGCAUCAUUUUAAGGAGAAGCUUUUUUUGGCAUUUGUCAGUGUAGUUUACACACAGAGAAAAAAACCCUGCAAACCUGUAAAAAAAAAAUCUUAAAAUGAAGGGCAAUGUUAGCAUGUUACGUACCAUAACUAAUAUGUUACUUGUGAUCAACACCACGGGGUUAUUAUUUUUCUAAGCUAGUGUUUUUAAAUGGUCUUGGUUUACAGAACUGUAAAUAGACCUUUCCAUUUCCUUUUGUUAUCCUUUUUUUUCCCCCAAAAUAACAUUUUUUUGCUAUUUUUUAUACAGCAACAGAGUCUGUCACUCUGAGUUUGAACUAACUAAAGCCUGGUGAACAGGUUACAGUGCUUUAGAUGACUUUUAUCCUUUCUCAUGAUGCAGAGAAUGCAUCCACAUUAACGGGCCCCAAAACAGCCACCUUUUAUUUUCUAAAGUAUAGUAAUCUCUUGUUUUUAUUCAUAUCAAUUCAUGUUCUUCUGAACAGUUGUUUGUUUCCAGAAAUCAUCCUUCAGACUGUACAUUGAAGUAAAUUACAUAAGAAUGUAGAAUAAAGAUAGUUUGUAAUA